GAAGCCUGCUUACGACAUGGGGAGCUGGUGGAGGCGGCAUUGGAGCGCGCGGCGGAGACGCUGUCCACCCCGCAGCUCCCCGUCGUGCGUGUGGACGUCCAGAUGUGGCCCAAGAUGCUGCAAUAUCACCUUGUGUCGUCGACGCCGUCGCUGCUGUGGAUGCCUGGACGCUCGUCCGGCCGCUUCCAGCGCUACCCGCACGUGGAGACCAACUUCCUGGACCUCAGCGUUAACGGGUCGCUCUUCAUUGGCAACGAGAUGGCCAAAGACGCAGUGGCUCGAGAGGUGGCGGCGUUUGUGCGUCUGUGCCAAGAGCGCAGUGGAUACCUGGUGCGCAAUGCGCGCGGAGGGCUUUCGCCAGCUAUUCCGGUGAGUCACCGCCUUGGAGACGACGCGUCCUCGGUGCUGGAGCUCAUCCCGAUCUUUGGCUUCCUGGCGUUCAUUGCCUUCGUGGUCAACGAAAACCGCGAGUUCGUCCUCGGAGUGGUGUGCACGCGAGUCUUCUGGUUUGUGCUCUGCUUAGGGGUCAUCUACGUCGCGCUGAGCGGGCUCUUCCACUCGAUCAUCCACCGGCGAGCCUGGUACUACUUCGGUCGGGUGCAUGGCUUCGUGUUCGUUUACCCGAGCUCGCGGCGGCAGUUUGUGCUGGAGGGGCUGGUGAAUGGCACCUGGAGCUUCUGGCUGUCGCUCGGAGUCAUGAGUAUCUCGGACGUGGCACCGACGCUGCGCUCGCGCCUUGCACGGGAGGAUGUCAUUCGCUGGUCGCUGCUGCUCGUGGUCGUCUCGUACAUGGCGUUGUACUUGACAUUCCUGAUGAAGUACAGGUGGCUGGCU